CAGUGUGCAAAAAGUUAAUUUUCACGUGCUCAGUCAGCAAUUUCCCACCAUUUAAACGCUAAAUCACGAAUUUCAUUCAAUCAGUAAAAAAUGGCAAAGGCUCCAGCUGUUGGUAUUGAUUUGGGCACCACCUACUCCUGCGUGGGAGUUUUCCAGCAUGGAAAGGUGGAAAUUAUCGCCAAUGACCAGGGCAACCGCACCACGCCGUCCUAUGUGGCAUUCACGGAGACUGAGCGUCUCAUUGGUGAUGCCGCCAAGAACCAAGUGGCCAUGAAUCCAACAAACACCAUCUUUGAUGCUAAGCGUUUGAUUGGUCGUAAAUUCGAUGAUCCAGCUAUUCAGGCUGACAUGAAGCACUGGCCUUUUGAGGUUGUGUCCAUUGAGGGAAAGCCCAAGAUUCAGGUCUACUACAAGGAUGAGAAGAAGACUUUCUUCCCAGAGGAGAUCAGCUCCAUGGUGUUGACAAAGAUGAAGGAGACAGCUGAGGCUUAUUUGGGUAAGACGGUGACCAAUGCCGUCAUUACCGUACCGGCCUACUUCAACGAUUCCCAGCGUCAGGCCACCAAGGAUGCCGGCACCAUUUCCGGUCUCAAUGUUCUCCGUAUUAUCAAUGAGCCAACUGCGGCUGCCAUUGCAUACGGUUUGGAUAAGAAGACCUCAGGCGAGAGGAAUGUGCUGAUCUUCGAUUUGGGCGGUGGUACCUUCGAUGUGUCAAUCCUCAGUAUUGACGAUGGUAUCUUCGAGGUGAAAUCCACAGCUGGAGACACCCAUUUGGGCGGUGAAGAUUUCGACAAUCGCCUCGUGAAUCACUUUGUGCAGGAAUUCAAGCGUAAGCACAAGAAGGAUCUCACCAGCAACAAGCGUGCUCUUCGUCGUCUCCGUACGGCAUGCGAGCGCGCAAAGAGGACCCUGUCAUCGUCCACUCAGGCCAACAUUGAAAUUGACUCUCUCUUCGAAGGCACAGACUUCUACACCUCCAUUACACGUGCUCGCUUUGAGGAGCUCAAUGCCGAUCUCUUCCGCUCGACCAUGGAACCCGUGGAGAAGGCCAUCCGCGAUGCCAAGAUGGACAAGAGCACCAUUCACGAUAUCGUCCUCGUGGGUGGCUCCACGCGUAUCCCCAAGGUGCAGAAGCUUCUUCAGGACUUCUUCAAUGGGAAGGAUCUCAACAAGAGCAUCAAUCCCGAUGAGGCUGUGGCCUAUGGUGCUGCCGUCCAGGCCGCCAUUCUCCAUGGUGACAAGUCAGAGGAGGUACAGGAUCUCCUGCUGCUCGAUGUGACACCACUGUCGCUGGGUAUUGAAACAGCCGGUGGAGUCAUGAGUGUCCUCAUCAAGAGGAACACUACCAUUCCCACCAAGCAGACCCAGACAUUCACCACCUACUCCGACAAUCAACCCGGUGUGUUGAUUCAGGUGUACGAAGGUGAACGUGCCAUGACCAGGGAUAACAACUUGCUCGGUAAAUUCGAAUUGUCUGGCAUCCCACCGGCUCCACGUGGUGUCCCACAGAUUGAGGUGACAUUCGACAUUGAUGCCAACGGUAUUCUCAAUGUGACCGCCCUGGAGAAGUCCACCAACAAGGAGAAUAAAAUCACCAUUACCAAUGACAAGGGUCGUCUGAGCAAGGAGGAGAUCGAGCGGAUGGUUAAUGAAGCUGAGAAGUAUAGGAGUGAGGAUGAGAAGCAGAGGGAGACCAUUUCUGCUAAGAACGCCCUCGAAUCUUACUGCUUCAACCUCAAGGCAUCCAUGGAGGAUGACAAGGUGAAGGAUAAGAUUAGUGAGCAGGAGAAGAACACCGUUCUCGAGAAGUGCAACGAGACCAUCAAGUGGUUGGAUGCUAAUCAACUUGCCGACAAGGAGGAAUAUGAGCACCGUCAGAAGGAAUUGGAACAGGUGUGCAACCCCAUCAUGACUAAGAUCUAUGCUGGAGCUGGUGGUGCACCAGGUGGCAUGCCAGGAGGAUUCCCAGGUGGCUUCCCUGGUGGUGCUCCAGGUGCCGGUGGUGCUGGGGCCGGUGCUGCUCCCGGUGGCGGCUCUGGACCAACCAUUGAGGAAGUUGACUAAACAAAUCGUCGCCGCCUACUUCGUUUGCAACACAGUAUCUGCUGCCACUACGUAGAAAAUUUUACAUCAUGCGAAAUCUCAAGCUCAGCGUUCAAUUUUAUGCGAAAAUAUUCAGUGAAUUCUUAAAAAAAAAAACUUACCUUCUACAGAAAACUUACGCGUUACUCGAAGGAGUGCCGUUUUCAGACACUUCCUGUAUUUUAUCCAUUCCAAAGCAUUUUGCAGUAAGCCACUGAAUGGCACCACAAUGAAUUAAAAACGCUUUGUAGUUGAAUUGAAUUGAAAUUCCAGAAAAUAUAAUCAUCCGUACCACCAAA